ACUCCCGGAACACAAACAAUGUAGUGAUGGCGGCUUUGACAGCGCCGCAUUUUGCAACAAAUUCACGGGAUAUUCCUUACAACAAGUAACAUAUUUUUCUCAAUUUAAGUGCAGUUUGACUAUUUUAGUUGGUCUUGCUUGUUUUUAUAUACAUGUGUGAACUCCGUGUUCUGUCUACAAACGCUGACCGGGGCCCAGGAGACAAAUACCUCAACUAAAGGUGAAAGUGGCGAAAAGCAUGGCUGACGACUUCAGCCAAUCCCUCACUCCUCCAGUCUCCCCCACACACAGUCUGUGUGAUCUGACCUCAACCAAACCGCCCUGGUUCUACUGCUCUGAACCUAAAGAGGAUCAGACUGGAGCCCUCUCAAGUGAGGGGUACACUGCCAGAGGUUCUUUGAAAAGGCUGCUACUGUUUCUCGAUCCGGCCCCCGCUGACUAUGAAGGUGACACAGCGGAAAUCUUUGGCUUUGCAUGGGUUACAGAGACAGCAUUGGUUGAAUCUACAAAGCUACUCUUUGGCCUGCUCAGGAAAAAUAUUUGCAGACUUGAGACUUUGGCACAAUGCAGCUCACAUGACUUUGGUCAAAAAGGCAACCUCCAUUAUGAAGCAUCAGAGCUCAGACAACAGUGUGUUUUAUUUCUUCAGUAUGUUAAAGUCUUCUUGCACAGACACCUUAGGGUUUCCUGCAGUCUGGAUGCAGAGCCAUCCCACCCGUAUGAGAAACUGGAAGGUCAGCUCCCAUCUGUUCUACUGGAGGAGCUGUUUGGCAUCACACUCCUUAUUGGACGUCUUAAAGACUUGCCUGUCAACAUUCAGAGUGCUUUCACGAUACAGAACCCAGGAAAGAUUUUUCCUCCCUCUUGGCAUCUGUUGCACCUUCAUCUUGACAUCCACUGGUCAGUCUUGGAGAUCCUCCACCUACUUGGCCACAAAAUGAAAGGCGAGGUGGUGUAUGCUCAUCAAUUUAUGAAUCUGACUGGAGAGAACUUGACUGAUACCAGCCUGUUUGAGGAGCACCUGUGCAACCUCCUUUGUGACCUCACUGGUCUGGCCAUGGGCAAAUACAGCAAGGUGAGGCCUACGGAGAUUCUUAACAGUCAUCAUUACCAUUGUUCCUGCACCAAAGAGCUGUGGAUCUUGAUCAUUCACCUAUUGGAAUAUAGGAAUAAAAGGCUCCACUCACAGUCAUUCUGGAGCUACAUGAACUCACUGAUGAAGCCUCUUGCGUCAGGGAAACCAGCAGCUGAGCAAUUCAGUGGCCUCCCUGCUCACUGUAAGGACCCUUUAGGAUUCACAUGGUGGCUGUUAACUCAUUUAGCAAUGUUGGGGCAGUACAAUCAUAAUGGCAUACUCCAGGAUGAGUUAGAGAAAUCCAUCGAUGACAAUUGGACAUUUGUGGAAGAGCUGCUUAAGUUAACUUUUAAGCCUCAGGGAGGUCUUGUUGAGGAGCAGAUCAGGAUGCAUGUCCAUUGCUGUCUUUCUCUUUGUCUGCUGUGGAAACCCAGUACCAGUGCUGUCUCCACCCUCUGGGACUUCUUUAGCAAAAACCUGGGUGCCCCAUUCACUGUGCCGUGGCUCGGCUUGAGUGGUCUGGGCACUUUGUGCAAGACCCCGCUGUCUCUGCUGGAGCAUGUGCGCAACUGCUGUUCGCCAUCCCCCCUCCACUCUGCAGGACACACCCAGUUGUACUCCUCUGCCAACUCCUUUCAUAUCUUCCUGCGAGUGCUGGCCCUGUGCCUGUCCCAGGACAGAGUGAGCGGAGUCCCACAGAGACAGAUCAAAGGAAGGAUUUUCUCCAAAUUCUCCUCAAAGAAGAUGCAGGAGCUGUCGGAGGCAGGCCUCAUGAAUUUCUUGCUACUCUUUUUGGUGGUUGCUCGGAAGGUUGAGUUGGAAGACGUUGCCAGUAAAAUGUGUGAGCUGCUGGGCUACUUGCCAUCUGACUGCCCCCCAAGACACCGCACGCUGGUGUGGAGGGCACAACUGGCACUGGUGUUGGUAUUUCAGGAAAGGGGCUUGGAUGUAGGCCCCUUGGCUACUGGGCUGGCCUUAUCUUUCAACGAGACUGCUAAGGAGUUCUACAAUAAAACUACAGAGAUGUCUCGUAAACUUGCCCUCUGGGGGCCCCUAGGAUCAUAUUUGGAGGGGGUGGCGGAAGUCUUCGAAACCAGCAUCAGUCUCAAUCUAUCGGAGGAAAAACUUCUAAAUGAAGGCUUUGUGUGGUUGCUACCAGCCUGUCGUCAGUCUGAACUGAACUCUGUGCUUGGCUUUCUGCAGACUGUCCUUGCCCAGCUCAGGCGAGCACAUCAACGCUGUGUCCAGCCGGGACCCACCUUGACCUGGACAACUACCAAUGGCAGUGUGGUAAAGGAGCCCCACCUAGCGGUAGCAGCAGCUCUCUGGGCGCAUUUCUUCCCCUUCCUCCGUAACCUACGCCUUUCUCAGACGCCUCCAACUCAGCUGGCAGAUGCUGCUGCAGGCUUCACACUUCUGGCCUUGGAGCUGCCUGCCUCCGCUCCUCAGGACCUUCAACCUAAUCCAGUUCAGUCAAUCUUGCAAUGCUUUGGCUGGGAUGACAUGGUUCACCCACUUCUUGUCACACGCUACCUACCACAUCUGCUUCAAAACAGUGAGCUGCUGUCCUCACUUACCAGAAACUGUAGUACCACUGUGUCAGCUUCUGCACAAUGUCUGUCAGUGAGGGCCUGGUUCCGGUGUGUUCUACAGCAGCAACUUCACAAGUGCCCUGAUGGAUCUGAUAGCAGAGCAGACCGAGCUUUGGAGGACCAACUGUGUGAACUGACACGACUGGUGCUGAAGCUCCCUGAGGUUGAAAGUCUUCUGCAGAGAGCCAACCUCCUUACCUCAGGCACCAGGGCAGAGCCAGCUGCAGCCCUGGAGAUGUUUGUAAAGGCUGUAGGCAUUGUGUACAGCAAACUGCAGGUGUUGUCUGAGCGCUCGGCCAUGGUGACCAGAGCUCUGGACUACAUGGGAGAUAUUCUCAAACAUGUCAAACCCUCUCUGGUCAGCAAGAACCCUAACGCAAUUCAGCUGGCCUAUUGGGCCAUUGGUUGCAUAGUGAAGCACUGGAGCCCCCUGCUGGUCACAUCCAAAGCGCAGCAGUUGCUGUUCCGCAUUGUGGACCGGCUGCUGCUCCCCCACAACUUCGCUCAGCAGGACAAAGCUCUGAGGGACAGCCUGCCGUUAUAUCUACAGGGCCUGUCAGUGGCAUCCAGUGUGUCCCAGUCACAAGGAGCAUACCUAAAGCAGCAGCUACGCUCCAUCAUCCGCAGAUAUCUUGACCAUUUCCUUCCUGCCACACCUUCUUUGGGUACCAUCGCUAAUCACCCUGUGCUUCUUGGUGCAUGUGAGCUGAGCCCAACCACACCUGGAGCCUCACUGAGGAGGACCAUCCUGGAGGUGCUCUGUGAGUACUUCCUUCGGUUCAAAGGUCAUUCCCCUCCACCUCGCCUAGCAUCAGUCUUGUUGUUCCUGUUGGAACUUCUAAGACGAAACAGUGACUCGGACCCCACCCUUCUCACACUGCCACUCCCCUCUCUGCUGCACUGUGUGAUGCUGAUUAAUGAGCCACAGGUAAGGAAGACGAGCACAGACGCACUCCAGCUUGUGGUGGAGCGUUGUGCAGCGGUGUCUGCAGAGGGACCAUGCAAACACAUGAUCUCUGUCUUAAGGUCAUUUGUGGAGGUAAAUGAAAGCGUCUAUGACAGGCAGGUCUACAGUGUUUUAGAGACGGUGGCUGUUUUAGACCCUCCUGUUGUUCAAGCUCUCAUUCCCAACCUGUCUCUCAGCCUGAGAAACACAGAACACAAGAGAGGAUUGGGCAAGAACGCCACCUUAAGGAGUGCUUAUAAGAAACUGCUGUGCUUACUCGGGGAGAGCGGAAAGGCAGAAAUAUCAAGUUUAGAAGCAGACUGAAACCAAAGAUGGUAAAUCAUCUUUUCAUGUCUGCAUUUGAACCGAAAAAAUAAACGGGGGGAAUACUGUGA